CAAACCCGACACAAUUAUGGAGCCCCGCGAUUGCUCCUAACCGAAGCCUUUAUUAUUAGGAGGUAGGAACUUGGCGUGGGUGCUUUCCUUCCUUUCUCCGUUCCUGCCUCCCUUUUCCUGCUCUCUCUCGCCCGUGCGACUCGUUCCUGCUCUUUCUGGAACUGGGCGCAAAGGAAACCACGCUGAAAGCUAGAAGCCAGCAUCAGAGUUCCAACUUCGCUGUCGAGAGACCCUGACUUCUACCAGCAUCAUACAACACUUCUCACUCGUCACACUUGUCUAUCUAUCUGUACAGCCCAUCAUUAUUCCUCGACUCUUAUCCAUAACACGCGCAUCUCUCAGAGAUAGACCACUACCAUGGAUGAGAACACUGCUCAACACGUCCCUCUGGAUGUGCCUCUCCCUCCAGUACCCACCCGAGCUGUCUUCACAACGUCACAAUGGAGGACCCUCCUAGCCCUGGCCGACACCGUGGUCCCGUCCAUCCGCUCUCCUGUCGCGUACAAGAACAAAGCAACCAAGAUAGUCACAUCUCAAGAGAUGGACCGGGCUGUUGCAACCUUGAUCUCCAGAAUCCCGGGCCCCGAUGCGGCUACCAUCGCCGGUCAGUAUCUUCGGGAAUCCGCAUCCUCGAAUACCCAGUUUCGUGACGGGCUUCAACGUCUUUUCUCGGUCUACGUUCACGACGAGGGGCUGAACGGAAUAAAACUCAUUCUGAAUGCCCUCAAUACACGCCCCGGCUCCCUGCUCCUGACAGGAUCAGUGGUUCCAAUUCGAGAUCAGUCUAUUGACGUUCGCGAGGAGAUAUUCCGAGGAUGGGAAACCUCCCGGUUGAAACCCCUUCGAGCUACCUAUCGGGCUCUAACUACGAUUUUCAAGAAAACCUGGAUUACCUUCAGCCCGACUAUUGGCCUAGUCCUUGGUUUCCCUCGUGUUCCGGUCUACGGCAAGCCUGCGGACAGCUUCAAGUACGAAUUCUUACAGUUCCCUCCAAGCGACGACCUAGAAAUAGUCGAGACCGACGUGGUGAUUGUCGGAAGUGGUUGCGGUGGCAGCGUCGCGGCCAAGAACCUCACCGAGGCUGGCUACAGAGUGAUGGUCGUGGACAAGUCAUAUCAUUACUCGUCUAAGCACUUUCCCAUGGCCGCCAAUGAAGGCUUUAUCAGCAUGUACGAAGGGGGAGGCGGCGUGGUUACCGACGAUGGGUCUUUGGCUAUCCUGGCGGGCUCAACCUGGGGUGGCGGUGGUACAGUCAACUGGUCCGCUGCUUUGCAGACACAGGGAUACGUGCGUGAGGAAUGGUCAAAUAAUGGGUUAUCAUUCUUCACUAGCCAGGAGUACCAAAAGUGCUUGGACCGUGUCUGCGAGCGAAUGGGAGUGAAUAUUGAGCAUAUCGAGCACAACAAAGCCAAUCGCCUUAUCUUGGAAGGAGCUCGCCGACUGGGCUACGCCGCCAAGUCGGUGCCUCAAAAUACAGGUAAUGGUCCGCAUUACUGCGGCUACUGUACUCUGGGCUGUCACACAUGCGGCAAAAAGGGUCCGACGGAAACAUUUUUGGCCGAUGCCUCUAAGGGAGGGGCCACAUUCGUGGAAGGGUUCCGUGCAGACAAGAUCCUCUUCGAACAAAAGCCGUACGGAACUGUGGCCUGUGGAGUAGAGGGAACGUGGACUUCAAGGGAUUCGUACCUCGGAGUGUCAGGUCUCGGUGCUGUGAAGCGUAAAGUAGUUAUUCAGGCCAAACGCGUGGUGGUGUCCUGCGGCUCCUUGCAAAGCCCUCUGCUGCUCAUGCGGAGUGGAGUGAGGAAUUCACAGAUAGGACGAAAUCUCCACCUUCACCCAGUCAUCGUUGCUGGCGCCGUACUCAACGAAGAGAUUCGACCUUGGGAAGGAUCCGCGUUGACCACUGUCGUCAAUGAGUUUGAGAAUCUCGAUCAAAAAGGCCACGGCGUCAAGAUUGAGGCUGUAUGCAUGCUGCCUUCUGCCUACCUUCCCCUCUUUCCCUGGCGUGGCGGGCUCGACUAUAAGUUGUGGGUGCUCAACCUUCCGCGAACGGCUGGAUUUAUCACGCUCACCCGAGACCGUGACUCUGGACGAGUGUACCCAGAUCCAGUCGAUGGGCGAUGUCGAGUUGACUACACGGUGUCUCCGUAUGAUCGCAAGCACAUACUGGAGGCGCUUGCUGGCACUGCCAAACUUGCGUUCGUUGCUGGCGCCAAGGAGUUCCAUACGACCUGGCGAGAACUGCCCCCAUACAUCCGGCCUGAGAUGACGCCCUCUGAAGCCGCAGAAGGCACCAACAACGCGUCCUUCCAAGCCUGGCUUGCGGAUAUGCGCGCUCACAGGGUUCCUCUCAACCCCGAGCGGACCACCUUCGCUAGUGCCCACCAGAUGGGGACCUGCCGGAUGGGCACCAGUCCCAAGACCAGUGUGGUCGAUCCAGACUGUCAGGUGUGGGAUACUCGGGGCUUGUAUGUGGUGGAUGCAUCGGUGUUUCCUAGUGCCAGCGGAGUGAAUCCUAUGAUUACCAACAUGGCAAUCGCUGACUGGGCUAGUCGGAACAUUGCCAAAUCGUUGGGAGACAGUCACCAAGACUUUUUGCUUAGAGACCGAUGUCAAUGA